AAUUAAUCCCAUUUCAAAGACUUGGGUUUUGUCCAAUUAUUGAUUAUAUUUUCUCUCUCACUCUUUCUCUCUCUUCAGUGGACUUCUUCUCAUUUCAUCAAACUACAGAGGAAGAGGGGGUCUAGGGUUUUGCUCGAAACUUUGGAAAUUUGUGAUUUUUUAUACUUGGAAGAUGAAUUUAUUCAAUAAUUGGUAUUCUUGGAGAGAAUAAAUUAUUUGUGUAGGGAUGGCAACUGAGAGUCCUAUUAGAAUGCUUGAGGCACGUGGAAAAUGGUCCCCUCACAAGGGUGGUGCAAAUUUUUCUUCAACUAAGAUGGCUAUGGAUGAGGAAGCACUGUAUGUUAAGGGUCAAAAGUACCAUGGUGGUAGGGGUUCUGUUCCCAAUCGAAGUGGUAGUGCACCCCCAAACAUGGAAGGUUCUCUUGCAGCCAUAGAAAGUCUCAUGCAAAAUUCAGGUCUUAGUGCUAAUUUGGCAAGUCUAAAUUAUGAUGGAGAAUUCAGAGGGUCGAAAGGGAUGUUAGUUACUUAUUCAUCUCCUGGUUCGAAUUGCCCUUCCAAUGUCAGUUUGAAUCCCCAGUUUUUUCACUCUCCCAACUCAGGUUUUGAUCAACAUCUGGGAUCCAGUCACGUCGGCAAUAAAGUGGGAUUGACCCCUUUUAGAGGCAGCAGUGAUAACUUCUUGCGUUUAUAUUGUGGCAUCCUCCCAACGCACAAUGAGGAAUCUGAGGAUGAUAAGUCACCACAGAAGUCUUCUGAUGAAGUCAGGCCCAGGGACCCUGCUGCAUUAUCAGGACAGGGAUCAUCCUUAUCAGUUGGCGAGGCUGGAAAUAUUGCAGACCUCGUAAAGGAGGAAAUUACAUGUAUGUCGUCACCUGCAAAUGGAUCAGCAGGUGACGCAGCUGAUCACAUUAAUGUUGAUAAGGGAAUCGCUGCAGAUGAUACGGUAUCCGCAACCGCUGCAUUGAGAUCAUUAUCUUAUGAUUCUAGACAAGGCUCGUUGCCGUCCAUUCAAAAUGAAGAUCCAAAUAGUAUAGGCGCAGUUACAGAAAAAAAGACUUCAGUUAGUAAUGAUACAGAAAUAACUAGUUUGCAAACAGGGAUUAAGACUUUGAGAAUAUCCAGCUCCCCCAACUUAGAGAACCAUGGAGGUCGAGGGGAAAAGCAAAACAACUUCCAAACUAAUUUAUUGCAACACCAGAUGCACCAAGGUGGUAACUUCCAGUUUCAAGAUUCUAUGCCUCAAAUAGUUUCUCAAGGCACAAAUAACCCAUAUGCUGUUCCAAACCAGUUUUUCCAUGGUGGAAAGUUUUCCUCAACAGAAGUUCAGCCUGUACUUCACUCAGCAGGUUUCACUCCUCCACUUUAUGCUACUGCUGCAGCUACAUAUAUGCAAUCAGCAAAUCCAUACUAUGCUGGUGUCCAACCACCUGGAUUAAUAUAUCCUUCACAGUAUGGCAUGGGUGGAUAUCCUUACAAUGCAAGCGUUCUUCCUCCUAUUAUGGCUGGAUACCCUUCACAUAGUGCUGUCCCUUUAGCCUUCGAUGGUGCUUCUGCUGGCUCUGAUGUUAAUACUCAAGUUUCUGGGUCAUGGGGGAGCAGUUCACAAGGAGUCGAUUUGCAGCAUUUAAACAAGUUCUAUGGACAACUUGGAUUUCCACAGCCUUUUGUAGAUCCGCGUUUGCAAUUUCACCAGUCAUUAGGUGAUUUAUACAAUGUUCCUGGUCAAGUUGAUCCUUUGGGAUUGAGAGCGGGUCUGGUGGGGAAUCAAGUGAGUGCUUAUAAUUCCCAGGUUGGGCCUGAUUUUUCAUCAAUUUCACCUGAUCAUAGACCUCAACUCCAGGGAUCUGGUGGGCAGGGUAAUGUAAGUCAGAGAAGGGGGCAAAUUAUGGGUACAGAUUAUGCUGGAAGCUCACCUAAUAUGGGCUUCUUCAUGCCUAUUCCAAACUCAUCUCUUACCAGUCCUGUUUUGCCGGGAUCUCCAAUUGGUGGUAGCAGUCUUCCCGGAGGAAGAAGUGAUGUGAGUUCACCAAAUUCUGGCAGAAGUGGGAGUUUCUAUACUGGUUGGCAAGGUCAAAGAGGAUUUGAUAACUUCAAUUAUCAAAAGCCUUACUCUUUCCUUGAAGAGCUAAAAUCUGGUAAAGGUAGAAGGUUUGAGCUAUCUGAUAUUGUCGGUCAUGUGGUUGAAUUCAGUGUUGAUCAACAUGGGAGCCGAUUUAUUCAGCAGAAACUAGAAAACUGUAGCAGUGAAGACAAGGCAUCUGUAUUUCAAGAAGUUCUCCCUCAUGCUUCCAAAUUGAUGACUGAUGUGUUUGGAAAUUAUGUUAUUCAAAAGUUUUUUGAGUAUGGAACCCCUGAUCAGAGAAGGGAUCUAGCCAAGGCACUAGGAGGUCAGAUUUUGCCAUUGAGCAUGCAGAUGUAUGGCUGUCGUGUCAUCCAAAAGGCACUUGAUGUUAUUGAGGUUGAUCAGAAGAUUGAACUUGUUCGUGAGUUGGAUGGACAUGUCAUGAGAUGUGUCCGUGAUCAGAAUGGAAACCAUGUAAUCCAAAAGUGUAUCGAAUGCGUUCCAUCGGAAAGAAUUAGUUUCAUUAUUUCUGCUUUCCGUGGUCAAGUUGCUAGCCUAUCAAUGCAUCCUUAUGGGUGUCGUGUUAUACAGAGAGUCCUGGAGCAUUGUACAGAUGAGUUGCAGAGUCAAUUUAUUGUGGAUGAGAUAUUGGAGUCUGUUUGCACUCUUGCUCAAGACCAGUAUGGCAAUUAUGUUACCCAGCAUGUUCUAGAGAGGGGAAAAACACAAGAGAGGAGCCAAAUCGUUAAGAAUCUAUCUGGGCAAGUUAUAAAAAUGAGCCAGCAUAAGUUUGCAUCGAAUGUUGUUGAGAAAUGCUUGGAGUAUGGUGACCCUGCUUCACGAGAACUCCUGAUAGCUGAAGUCAUAGGGCAAAAUGAGGGAAAUGAUAACUUGUUGGUAAUGAUGAAGGACCAAUAUGCUAAUUAUGUGGUCCAAAAGAUUCUUGAGAAGUGUACCGAUAAUCAACGUGACCUGCUACUUGGUCGUAUAAGAGUGCAUCUCAAUGCUUUGAAGAAAUACACUUAUGGAAAGCAUAUUGUGGCUCGUUUUGAGCAGAUGUUUGGAGAAAUUCAAGCACAAGGAUCCUGAAUGUUGACGGAACUGUGGAACUGACUAGGAUUCAGCAGCUGCAGAACGAAUUGACUUCAGAAUGUAGAUAAAAGAAGAUGUCAUUUCUUGCAUUUGGAGGAGUUGGUGGUCUGACAGCUGAUGUUGUACUUCUAUCAUUCCCUCUGUUAGGGACUUAGAUUCUACAGAGAACUUUAGGGUUGAUGCUGUAAAGUUUAGUAAAUUUGUGUAUACAACAGAAUUUGUGUAGUUACAGCCUUACAGGAGCUGGAAAUUAUCUGGGCGCGUCGUUACAGAAGAUUUAAUGUACUAUUGGAAAGGAUCAUUUUCUUUGCUGUUUUGUUUUUGUUUUUCACUGUUAUCUCAGUUGAUCACUUUUGGAAAGUUGCUGUUAAA